AUGUCAAUCAAUCCUAUCUUUCAUGAAAUUUGCUCUAGUCUCUUUGUUAGUCAACAAUGGCUUAAUCUGGUUACAACAUACGAAGAGGAGCUUGAAGAAUUAGGUUAUCAUUUUACAUCAGAUGCUUUCACAUUGCUUGCAUUAUUUUGUCAGCUAACUAAAGGAACUGUUAAUGACAGUAUAAGUAAUUUCUAUGCGUCGAAUAUGGUAAGUGGUUAUGUUAUUGAGCAGUUGGUAUUUAAAUCGCAAGCCCAAUCAUAUAUUGAGUUAUUCAAAGCGUCUACCACAUAUUCCUUCAGUCGAGCACUCGACCUGAUGAGAACAGUGCUGAAUGGUGAUCAAGUUAUGCUUGGCUAUGGAUCAAAUUUCUACGGCACGGUUGAUACAACACCGGCCUCAGCAUCAAGCGCAACACCUGUCACAUUCGGUUCACAACACUUUACAGAUCGAGCGACAAAUAGAACGUGCUACUGUCAGUUGAAUGCAUCCUGUACAACAACAACAAACGUCUAUGUCUACAACAGUGUCACACAAGCUCUUGAACUAGUUCCUUUCCCCGGCUUCUACGUCGGUUGUUCGAUGAUCGAAGCAUCGCUGCAAUCAAAUCUCUACUGUCUAUAUACCCAAUCAUGUAUUGAUAGUUUCCACUUACCCUUUCGAACUUAUGCACUUAACUCGACAGGCAGUAGCCUAUCUCAAACGAACACCACGGUUAGUCAGUUGGUAGCAGCACUGUUUGUCGAAGAUUGGAACACAACAAUAUCAUUUGAACAAUACUAUGACAACUGUAAACCUACUACUUGUUCCUAUACAGAAGACAUACGUCGUGAGGCAGUUGAAAUUGUUACCGCUACUUACGGAGUGUAUGGUGGUUUAUCAAGCUUUCUAAAAUUCCUAAUCCCCGUAGUGGGGAAAGGAGUUGUAGGGCUCUUGAAUAAAUUACGGCAGUAA